GCGUCCUGGUCGUUUUCACCCCGUGCCAAAACGGUCCAAAAAUCAGCUCUUUCAAAAUACUUAAGUGCUUCUCGGACACAAGUGGCGUGAACAACGUGGAACAUCGUAAUCGUUCGUCGAGUUUUAGCCCCGCGAAGGCUAUUGUUGUCGGAACUCGAGUCGGUUAGUGCGAUAUUGUGUUUUUUGCUGAUGAUGCUGGUGUCCAUUGGUUUGUAAGUGCGUACGUGGAUCACGGUGGCCCGCGAGUACGCGAUGGUGGUGCCCGUGAGGAGGCAGAGCGCCCGCAGCUGCGCCGCGCAAGUCACCUAGGCGAUGCGCGCGCGCCCCCGACGCUGCCGCUGGUGAACCGCCGCCAUGCCAGCGCCGCUCGCUGUCUACACCACCCUCGUCACCUUCCUCUGGAUAUGCGUGAGCGCGGACGACCCCGUACCGCGGCCGGCGAACGGCACGGCAGAAUCUCCCAACCCUCGGUCGCUGGGGGGCCGCGUCCCGCCCUACCAGCCGCCGCCGGCGCCUGGCCCCGGCGGACCUGGUGGCCCCGGCGGAGCCGUACAGCCUGGCUUCCGACCACACAGCCCAUACACUAGAGUUGAGAACUGGCAUAACCGACCUGGUGGCGUGUACGACAAAGUACCCCAGAGCGAAGUGUAUCCCGAUGGAAUGGAGGACAAUGUAGACGACAGCGGGUGCAGCCAACCUUGCCCCAAACAACAUUUUUCGUGUCAGAAAUCCUGUACAUGCAUCCCGCUGGAAAAGCGUUGCGACAACAUCGCAGAUUGCGCAGAGUCGGAGGACGAGAAAGAUUGCGAGCACACUUGUGACGCGCAUGAGAAUCGAACUAUCUGCCACGCCACCAACGUGUGCAUCCUCAUCGAGUGGAUCUGUGACGGCGACAACGACUGCGGGGACUUCACUGAUGAGACUCAUUGUGGUGGAACGGUGAACUGCACGGCGAACCAGUUCCAGUGCGCAAACGGGCUCUGCAUUCACAAGGAUUGGCAGUGCGAUGGCGACAACGACUGUCGCGACAAUUCCGACGAGACUAACUGCACCAAGGGCAGAUGCCGAGACAACCAGUUCAUGUGCACCAUCGGGGAAUGUAUCUCGCAGCAUUGGCGCUGCGAUAAGGAAGCAGACUGCCCCGACAACUCCGAUGAGGCUGAAUGUCCGGUGGACCUCCUGCGCUGCGGUGAGAAUGAGUUUCAAUGCGAGAACAAGAAAUGCAUUCGCAAAGAGUUUCAAUGUGACGGAGACAACGACUGCGGCGACUGGACUGACGAGGACUCUUGUCCCAUGUUGCCUGGGAGCUGCAACGCUGGAGAGUUUAAAUGCAACGACGGCAAGUGCAUCCCAGAACGCUGGCUUUGCGACACCGAACGCGACUGCGCCGAUGGCGGUGACGAACUCAACUGCGAACCGCACUCCAUGCGCAACUGCACUAAGGACGAGUUCAUGUGUGCCGACCGUCGAUGCAUCUUGAAAACAUGGCUCUGUGAUGGCGUACGCGAUUGUACAAACGGAGAAGACGAGCUGAACUGCCAAGUCUUUUGCGAAGAAGAUCAAUACAUGUGCAAAUCCCAUGAACAUCUGAUGAGCACCGCUUUUAGAAACUGCGUAAACAGGAAGCACGUAUGUGAUGGAAUGAAGGACUGUCCCAGGGGAGACGACGAGGAAAAGUGCCCGACAAAGAGAACUUGCAGUACAAACGAAAAAUGCGAGCAACUGUGUAUUACUACAUUCGACGGGUUGCCUGCAUGCGCUUGCAGAUUGGGAUACUUGUUGGCUGAAGACGGUUUCAGCUGCCGUGACAUCAACGAGUGCAUGUACGAGCAGGAUCCGGUGUGCUCGCAGACUUGUUCCAAUACAGUUGGCAGUUAUCAGUGUGGCUGCAUGACAGGUUAUGUCCUCAGGCCUGACGGCCGCUCGUGCAAGCCAACUGGUGAAUCACCAACGCUGCUAUUCUCUAAUCGUAUCGGAAUACGUCAGGUUUCAUUGACUGGAGAUAGCUACAUGUCAGUAGUUAAAGGGCUUCACAACGCAGUAGCGUUGGACUAUCACUACGAGAAGAAACUUGUCUUUUGGACGGAAAACAAUCUAAGAGUUAUUCGAGUUGCUCAGAUGAACGAUAACAAUAAAACUGAUGUAAUUCGUUGGGGACUGGAAACACCCGGUGGCGUAGCAGUGGAUUGGAUUCAUGAUCUUCUAUUCUGGACUGACUCUGGCACUAGACGUGUCGAGGUGGCUACUCUGGAUGGUUCACAGCGUGCUGUGAUUGCAGCUAACGAUUUGGAUAAACCAAGGGCAAUUGCUGUGCAUCCUGGCGAUGCAUUAGUGUUUUGGACGGAUUGGGGACCCAAUCCAAAGAUCGAAAGAGCAGAUAUGGAUGGCAACAGACGCAAGAGUGUAAUAGUUGAUCAGAUAUUUUGGCCUAACGGACUAACUAUUGAUUACACAGAAUCUCGUAUUUAUUGGGCUGAUGCUAAACAUCACGUCAUUGAGAAAGCUACGUUUGACGGCAGAGAUAGGAAAAGGGUUACAAAUAAAGGUCUUCCACAUCCAUUCGCGCUGACAGUAUUCGAAGAUGCUGUUUACUGGACCGACUGGCAUACCAAGAGCAUUACUACUGUCAACAAAAACACUGGGAUGGGCAUACAGACUGUACACGCCGGCCUAAAUGUUCCUAUGGACAUUCACAGCUACCACCCAAUGAGGCAAAUGAGGACCUAUAGGAAUCGAUGUGGAAGGAACAACGGUGGAUGUUCCCACCUUUGCCUCCCAAACAGUAAUGAUUACUCCUGCCGAUGCCCAGUAGGCUUCAAUCUCAAUGUUGAUGGCCGAACUUGUGAAGAAUCUCCAACGAAGCUAUUACUUUACGCACGGCGUAAGGACAUUCGGCUCAAGCAAUUGAACCCAAGAAAACAAAUGGACUCUUUAGACAUGGUAAUCCCGGUGGACAGCAUCAAGUCAGCGGUGGCUUUGGACUGGGAUCACAACAGCAACUCUAUCUUUUGGACCGAUGUCGAAAAGGACACAAUUAAUCGCGCUUAUCUGAACGGCUCACAUCAGACUGUUAUCGUAGGAUCCAACCUCAUUUCACCUGCUGGCCUUGCCUAUGAUUGGAUCACCGAUAAAAUAUACUGGACGGAUGCAGGAACUAACAGGAUCGAAGUAGCGCACGCUAACGGCAGCAUGAGGACUUUGCUAGCGUGGGAUAAUAUUGACAAACCGAGGGAUAUCGUUGUGGAUCCUAAAGGCGGAGUGAUGUACUGGUCAGAUUGGGGUGUAGCUCCUUGCAUCGAGCGCGCAGACAUGGAUGGCGGCAACCGUAAACGUAUUAUCUUCGGCGACAUGACUUGGCCCAAUGGAUUAGCUCUUGAUCUGACUUACAAUCGUAUUUAUUGGACCGAUGGUGGUAACAGGACCAUUGAGUAUGCUAAUCUUGAUGGUACUGGAAGGAAAAUUUUAAUAGGUCAACAUCUUCCCCACCCAUUUGGUUUGGAUCUUUACGGCGAUGAAGUGUUCUGGACGGAUUGGGACACCCAAUCGAUACAAGCUGCUAACAAACAAACAGGCAAAGGACGUCGUACUUUGGGCGCGGGGGUGGCAGGACUUAUGGACGUCAGAGUAUUCCACAAGGAUCGCGUUGGUGGAGUUAAUCGAUGCGGUAUUAGCAACGGUGGAUGCUCUCACCUUUGCUUAUUGAAGCCUGGUGGUCGUUCGUGCGCUUGUCCUAUUGGAAUAAAACUAAGCAAGGACGGAAAGACCUGCGCUAAUGGACCCGUUAAUUUCUUGAUAUUUGCACAUCGGGUUGAUAUUAGAGUCGUCUCUUUAGAUGUACCUUAUCUCAUCGAUGUAGUUCUGCCGCUGCCACCAUUGAAGAACGCUUUAGGCGUCGACGUUGAUCAACGAACUGGUCUCAUAUAUUGGACGGAUACCGGUGAAAGGAAAAUCCAACGCGCACACAGAAAUGGAGGCAGCCUUGAAACCGUUAUUGGCAAGGGACUCCAUACAGCUGAUGGAAUUGUUAUUGAUUCAACAGGACGCAAGAUCUACUGGACGGACGGAGGUCGUAACAGUAUAGAAGUAGCAGAGCUUGAUGGCAGAAAUAGAAAAGUUCUUGUGUGGACUGGCCUAGACUCACCUCGAGCAAUAACUCUUCACUAUAAGCACGGGUAUAUGUUCUGGUCCGAUUGGGGCACGUCAGCGAAAAUAGAGCGAGCGGACAUGGACGGUAAAAACAGACGAGUUAUAGUUGAUAAUAACAUCAAGUGGCCCAACGGACUGGCUAUCGACAGAAUAGAAGGUCGUCUUUACUGGAAUGAUGCUAAAGUUUUAACGAUCGAAAGUUCCGAUUUUAACGGAGAAGACCGGCGCACGGUUUUGAAUCAAGUCCCUUACCCUUACGGUAUUGUGAUCGUGGAACAGCACAUUUAUUGGACUGAUUGGAAGACCAAGGCUCUUCAUAGAGCUGACAAGACGAAUGGGAAAGACCAGCUGAUAAUAAGAGAAAAUUUGGAAGGACUAAUGGAUAUUAGAGCUGUUCAGGGCGAAAGAGUAUUGGAAAAUGCAUGCGGUCACAACAACGGUCAUUGUUCUCAUCUUUGCCUUCGUUCUCCGGAAGGCUUCAGUUGCGCAUGUCCUACUGGCAUACAAUUUGAGAAUCUAACAGACCCGAAUCCGAAAGUAUGCAAAAAACACCCUGACGACUUCCUAGUGUUCGCAACUAGGGGCAGCGUAGCGAUGAUAAGUCUUGACACUCCUGAGCAAUGGGACGUUUCGCUGCCAAUUAAAGAUGUCCAGAAUUCUAUUGCCGUAGAUUACCAUUGGGAAAAGAAACUCAUUUUCUUUACUGAUGUUAACAAUGACGUCAUAAGGUCUAUCAACAUGCUAAACAUGAGCGACACUAAAGUGAUCGUUAACAGCAAACUAGAUACUCCAAACGGUUUGGGAGUAGAUUGGAUUGCGAACAAUAUUUAUUGGACUGACAACGAAUACAAGGUUGUGGAAGUGGCAAGGUUGGACGGAACUUGUAGGAAAACUUUAGUCACCGGUCUCACUGAACCGAGGGCACUGGCUUUAUUCCCUGCUAAAGGAUUCCUCUAUUGGAGCGAUUGGGGCGAAACUCCUAACAUAGAACGGGCUUACCUUGACGGCAGUCAAAGGAAAAUUAUAGUAAAACAAGACUUAGGGUUCCCUAACGGCAUAACGAUUGAUUACCAGGCGAGGAGGCUGUAUUGGACAGAUGCUCUAAAAGACAGGAUCGAUACAUCAGAUUUGGACGGGCAACGUAGGGUUCAACUUGUCCCAGAGGCUAAAAAUCCUUUCGGCAUGACUCAGUUUAAGGAUUAUAUCUACUGGACGGACUGGUACAAGAAGUCAGUGAUGAGGGCGAAUAAGAACACAGGCAAAAAUGUGACAGCGAUUAGAACAGAUUUAGAGAUGGCGAUGGAAAUCAAAGCAGUGUCUGCCGACAAGCAACACGGCUGGAACCCCUGCAAGGAGGAAAACGGCGGCUGCUCGCAUUUGUGUCUAUUCAGGGGCGUUGAUUACGUUUGCGCUUGUCCUGAUGAACUGGAUUCACGACCUUGCGCUCUAGAACCUAAAGUGCGCGUCGAUAACAAAAUGCCAAGCCACUACCCGAAGUAUUAUGACUAUGCGGACAUUGAGGUAGACAACAAGAUGUUGCCGACGCCCACUGCCUUCCCGGAGACAGACCUAAGCGGAAUUCUGAUCGCAGUCGGUUUGAUCGCCACGCUGAUCACCAUUUGUGUGAUUGUGCUUGUCGUUGCAAUGAGAAUGAACCGAGAGCGUGCAGGGGAACUGAAGGAGAACUACAGGGAAUCAAGUGGUCAUAUCUCGUUCCACAACCCCAACUACGCUGGCGGCGGAAAUGGUGGCAAUGACUCGCGCCCGAAUCGCUUUCAGGGUAUCUUCAAGUACGACAAAAAUCAAGAGCGCUUAACGAACGUGUACAUCCCGGAGGGCACGAGCCUGCUGCCGCCGCCGCCGCCGCCGCCCCACCGGCCGCCGCCGGCGCGCCCCAACACGCACGACGACUUCGAGCCCGUCACGCUGCACCCCUUCGCCUGAACCGGUUCUCCGCUCGACCACCUCGGCAGUCCCACGGAUUCACACCAGUAGUUUAGACUCGAUGUCUACCGUAGAAAUAGUCUCGAUGCGGACCACCGAGUUCGCCUAAGUUCCGCAUGCUCGUUUGUGUCGUUUGAAGCAGUCGCGAGUCGAUCGCCGAAAGCGCACCGUCAAACGAUCUCUCUUCUCGGCCACCACCGACGACGUCGCAGUACAGAGGUUUUAGAUUGCAAAACUUCGUAAGAUGCCGUUCGGCUUAUCUCUAGCGACGGAGGCGGCGGCGGACAGAGCACAACCCAUUAACUUUGGAUUAUGAUCUCGGUGUGUUAGAUAAGAGUGAGUUGUUUAGUGUAACAAUGAACAUGCCUUGCUGUACAUACCAUGGCUACCGAACAGAUUUGUACUUUAUUAUGAGUGGUAUGUACGAAUGGUGUGUUUUGAAUGUUUGGCGAUUAUUUGCUCACACGGACUAAACCUACAUACCUUAUUACGCGUCAAUUGCCAUAACAUAAUAAAGGAAAAAUAAAUAUUUAGGUACUAUUUGAUUGAACAACGGACGUUCAUAAAUGGUUAAGCUCGAUUUAUGUUCUACUUAAAAUUACUUACACCUUCUUAUAUAUAAGUAUACAUACAUUAAAGUGUGUAGCGGUACAGUGUAAAAUAUGCAUUAUUCCAAUACAGCAUUCCUAUAAUUAUUAUUAUCAAAAAACCGCCAUUCAUAAGGAUGGAUAAUACGUGUUUGAUUAUGAAUAGGAAAUAAAUCAUAUUCCAGUGUAAUACUAAAUAUGACUGUUGUUAUAGUUCAUACUUGUACUAGUCAUAUUCCUUUGUUUAGGCAAUACCGCACGUAGUGUGCGUUAUGUGUAUAGAAAGCCAAUCCGUUAAUUAAACUAUGAAGAUCUUUUAGAAAUCAUAAAAAUAAUUACGAAAUAGUAUGGUAUGAUAAAUAAUAUAAUUGUAAUAGUAAUUCACAACUACGGCGUCAUACUAAAAUGUUUGUAUGCGCUGGACAGAAUCGGUGUUCAGAUCGUGAAUGAGUGGAGCGUAGCUGGAACCAUGGAGGUACGGGAAGCAUGGCGCUGUAGUUUGAGUAGUUGAGAUAAUAAAAUUAUCACAUACUACUAGUAUGGAUUUCAUAUAUUUUGUAUGUGAGUGAAAUUAAGUAUCGAUUAUGUAUUAUUUUUGUACAAUAUUACAUACCGACGGCGACUCUUCUGCGGCUCACAGGGGAGCGGCGGGGGUACAAAUAUUUCAAAUUUAUGGCCACCUUAUUUACACAUACACGGUAGGGUUAUGAAAUAGUUAUAUAGAAAUGUACGUGAUCUGACGUCAAGUCUCGACCUCGAGGCCCUUCAACAGAUAUGGUAGCUAUUUGUAUAAAGAUUUAUUCAAUGAAAAACAUCACUGACGUCACGGGUUUAAAUGGUUCGUAGUUAAUUUGUCAGAUAUUUAAUUUUCAUAUAAAUGCAAAUACUUAUAAUCGUUUUGGUUCACCACCUUAAAUAUGGUGACAAUAAAAUAUCACUGUAAAUAGAUAGAUUUAAUUGUAACAUUUUUGUCAAAGAAUUGAUAAAAAAGAUAUUGCGAUGUAAAUAAUUUAUUUCUUGUGAACUUUAGCGAGUACGAAACAGAUUUUAUUGACUCACGUGGGCGCGCGCGAACACGCCUCUGAAUGCGCAUUUUCAUAUCAAGACUAUUCUUUGCUACAUUCCGUAGGAUAAAGAAAAUGCUGAGAACCGCGUUGAAAGCCGACUCUUUUGGGGAAUCAACUAAGGCAAUUUAAGCAUUUACAAACAAAAACAACCAUUUUAGCGCAUACAAGGCCCAGGACAAGAAGCAAAAUCAGUCCGUAGCCUAAUUUGAAAUGAAUUCAUUUACGGUAAAUUUAUUUUUAUGGAAAAUUGAACACGAGACUCAGUAAGACGUACAACAGGGUGAUUAUAAUCUAAGGUAGAAUUAGGACGGGAGUCUACGGAUCCAACACAUUUUUACUUACAUAACCAUUGGUGUACCUCCUCACGAUUUGUUAAACAUAAAAAUAUAUAAGUACUUCAAAUGAGUAUUUACGUUAGUUUCCUAUGACAUGAAAGACGACAUGUUCCCACUGUUUGCGAUAUUAGAGCAUAAUGUAUUAGAAAAUGUAUACAUAGUACACACUAUAUAUAUUUAUAGCCAAAUGUAUUUACUUUGUAACGGUGGAGAUGAUACCCGCAGUUUCGUUGUGAAAAACUUAAUCGUUCCGCCCUAAAUGACUAACUAUGUGAAUUUCAUUUGUUACGACGAAUUUGAUAGUUGGCGUAUGACGUACUUUCAAACCUCUUUCAUUCAAUAUGGCGCUAAGAUGUUAGAAAUUACUCGGAUCAUGUUUCAGCUAUUGAUAUCAUAUAAUUUUUGUAAUACGCAACAUAAAAAAAAACAUAAAA